AUGAUAUUUAUACUCAUUGCGUUUGAAGUUGUACUGAUAAUUUCAACCCAAUUUUUUAAAAAUUACGAUAUACCUUUUUUGCAUUCAUGUAAUGCAACCUACGUUGCAAAGAAGACAUUUAACGAAAAGAGUGGUGACUUUUUUUAUAAUUUUUUAAGUACACAUAACAAUUUAAAAAAAUUCUCAAAAUUAUUUAUGACAAAAAAAUUUAAAUAUAAAUAUAAGAAUUCUUUAGAAAAGAGAAUACGAAAAGGACGAAUAAGAAAUGAAAUAAAUCAGAAAUUAAAAAAAAAAAAUAGUGCAUAUAUAGUUAUAACUGAAAAAUUAAGUAAAUUAGAUCCUGAACAGAAAUAUUUUAAGUAUGAUAAAAAUAUUUUAAAGGAAUAUGAAAAUAUAAAAGAUAUUUAUAAAAAUAAAAAGUUGGGACGAAAAUUUAAUCAGUAUGAUUAUUGGUAUUCAUCAAAAAAAAAAGAAGCAAAAAAUAACUAUAGUAGACAUGUGAAUUUUGCUAUAACUGAAAAUAAGUUUAAUUUUAAAAAUGUUUUCUCUUACUUUCACAUAUUAGAAAUUGUUCAUGAAAAAUUUAAGAAUAAUUCCUUUUAUAUUAACGGCUUACAAUCGUUUAUAAAUAAAUACUAUGAUCCGGUUACACAGAAACGAAUUAAAUAUUACGACAAAAUUAAGGAACAAAUUGAAAUGAGAAAAAAAAAUGGUGAAGGUAAAAGUAAACAGAACGAUGAAAAAGGAACAUCACUUCUUAACAGUAGUGAAAAAAGGAAAGUAGAAGGAAAUAAUUUAUCUCUUCUCGAUGAUCUAACAAACGAAAAGGUAAAAACAGUUGUUUCUCCGCAAGAUGAUGCUUCACUAAACGAAGGGAUAAGGAAUAUACUAUCUCAGAAUACUUCACAAAAAAAUGAAGAUGAGCAAAGUUGCAAGGAGAUCCAAGCGAAAAAAAACACAAUUAAAACAAAGAAAGAAUUUUUUGAAAUGAUCAAAAAGAAUCUAAGCGAACUUCAAUAUUCAAAUGAAGUAAAUGAAGAUUCAUCAUUUACUCUUUUUGGUUCGUCUACAAGUUGCCUUUUAAAGAAAAAUGGCCCAAUCGCAUAUGACAUAAAAAAUCCUUUUAUGAAAUCGAAGAUGUCAUCAAAAAGGAGGAGGUUCAAAGAACGAAAACUUUUCGACAUAAUUAAUUUUAAGUGUAAAAAUAGACGGGAGCGAUUAAUGCAAACUGCUGUGAGGAAAUUAGCCAAACGAAAACUCAAAAACGAAAAUUACAUUUUGGAUCCCAUGGAACCUGCUUAA